UACAGUACACAUGUUUAAAUUGUGAUCUCGCUCGAUUAACCACAUAAAUGAAACGAAACGAAAGAAGAAGUAUAUUGUAAAAUACCUUCCUGGUUAGAAGGUCCACUUCAAUGAACCGAAUCAAGGAGAAUUAACACAAAUUCAGACAACUUGCGUGUUAUUGCACAGCUCAAAUAUGUGUACUAACGUUCAGCCUAUGAAUGGAGGUGAUGAACCAGACAUUGCUCAGGUAAUGAUAAAGGAACUGGAACAUGUCCUUUCCUUAGUCGGGCCAGCCAAGGAAGAAAUAGCUCAACUUCAGGAGCAGAUCGUUGGACGCCAAGUCCCACCUAGCAACACAGUCUUAAAAGAUAUUGCAGAAUUGAAACAUCAGCUCGUAGAUACCAAGGAAGAAAACACGAAGUUACAACAACAACUUAGUAGAGUAAAAACGAAUGAAUCAAAAUAUAGCGACAUGUCAGAUAAAUUGGAAAAGGAAAAGAAGAAAGUAAGAGAUCUCGAGGCUUCUAUUAAUGCCCUGAAGGACAGGGAAGCACAAAGGAAAGAGGCUCAUAAAGAAGAAAAAUCGGCCUUCAUUGAAGUCAACCAUGAUUUAGAAAUGAGAUUACAGGCAGCUUUGAAAGAAGUGGAGAAAGUCAAAGACGUUCGGCAGCAAUGUCAGUUAAAUUUGGAAACAAAUUUGAAAAAACUUCAACAAGAAAAUGCAAAACUGUCCGCCUCGCUUAGAAAAGAAAAGACAGAGAAGGAAAAUCUGGGAAAAGACCUUUCGGAUACGAAAUCACGAUUAAGCAAGUUGAUGGGAGACAAACUUUCGGACAACAAUCCAGAUAUUGCUGACUUAAGUGACAAUAACAGACCAACCAAGCUGGCUGAAAAAUAUCAAGAACUAUACGACAAUCAGUGGACAGACGCCUAUGAAAUAGCAGAAAAACACUUUCCAGAUCUGACUGAAAAAAUAAGGAUUAAAGUACUGCUUCAAAUACUGAUGAAUGUUCAUAAAUUCUGUAAAGAAGAGUAUACCCAACAGGACAGAGACUUUAUGCAAGCAAUGUAUAGAACGGAUAAGGGGGCCGAGUCAGGCUUUGCCUUUCCGACUGCUCUAAAAGCACAAUUGAAAGAGCUUAAACAUUACGCUGCUACUGCUUCAACUGGAAAUUUAACUGAGAAAUACCUAAAGAACUGUGACAAAACAACAAAGCUUGGCAGGUUUAAUGAGGAAGUGAACGGUUUUACGCAUGAAUGCGUGACCAUAUGUUGGCUUAUGGCCCAUCAAGAUCCCCCGCUUGUGUUUGAACGAAAUGAACAAAGGGAGCCAGGUUUGAUGGCGGUAAGUAUAAACAUUACACAGCGACUGGAACAAUUAUCGACUUUGUCGUUUGGCCAGCACUCCUGCUUCAUAAAGACGGACCAGUUCUUAGCAAGGGUGUUGUGCAGUGUGUGAAAUCAUUUCAUGGUUCAAAAUCUGUCACAAAUCGUUCGCAAAAGGUAACAGCAUCACAAAUGGGUAUCAUACCCGACUUGGUACGUUCAACUGGCAGCAAGACACCAGUUGACUUCACGACUUGGCUUCAAGACACAAAUGCUGGUGCUGACCCCAAAAAGGCGGUUCUCAACUUAGAAGAUGGUACAUCCAAGUCCUCGCCGAAACUUGAAGUGAAUCGUAGCAGUCAGAAUUCAAAAUAUGCUGAUAGCGUCAGUAAGCAAAUAUCUGACACAGACAACAAAAACUUAAUCCAAAGCCAAGAACAAUUGAGAAAGAGUUCACAAUCUAGUUUCAAACAACAACAGCAGCAGCAGCAGCAGCAGCAACAACAACAACAACAGGGUUCUGCACAAAUGUUUGCAAAUAUUCAAAAAGACAAAACAAGCCAGCCUACAAAUAAAGUUCGUAGUGAAUUCCAUAUGCAAUUAAUCUGGAAUGACGAAGGUACGUUGAUGCAACAGCCAUACAGUGAUGUUUCCGUAUGCUCCAAAAACAGUACCUUCGAACGGAAUCAGCCAACUGCCAGUAAUGUCCAACUGAAUCAGUCGGCUGUUGGUAAUUUCCAACAUAAUCAGUCAAGUGCUGGUCAUUUCCAACAGAAUCAGUCAACAGCUGGUAAUUUCCAACAGAACCAGCCAACAGCUGAUAAUUCUCAAAAGAAUCUGUCAGCUGCUACCACCUUCCAACAGAACCAGCCAACUGCCGGUACCUUCCAACAGAACCAGCCGCCUACUGGCAACUUUCAACAGAACCAGCCAACUAUUGGUAAUGUUCAACAGAACAUGCAAACAAAUCAGUCAACAGCUGCGAACUUCCAACAAAAUAGUGCAAUAGCUGGAUUAGGAAAAUCAAACCAAAAUAUGGUCCCACAAUCUUUGACGUUUAACACAAACAUCCCUACAAAUGUAUGGCCUUCGCAAAUAGAACUUAACGCGUUUGUGUACUAGAACCGGCACUUCGGAAAUGCUGAUCUAGCCAGGAGGCAGAUGGGUGCUCAGGUUUAUGACAAAUGCAUGAACUACUACAGAUGGUUAUAUCCAGAACAAUAUUAUUAAACAGAACUCUAUUAUGAAAAUGGAUUUUAUUUCAUAAAUGUUUUGGAUCUUGAAACGUUGCGAUUUUAAUACUUUUACAUGUACCUGCACGUGCAGUAAAUCGGCUAAAAAGGCAAACUGAUAAGCGUUUGAAAACAUCGUUCAAUUACGCACGUAAGUACGAGAAUUUGAUUCUGCCGCGCUGCAAAAUCACGUUGUCGAGCUUCAUCAUCGCAUAGUUAUCACGGUGUUUUCGCCGAUUGCCAACGUACUGUUGCAUUUUGCCAUUGUGUAUAAAAGGAGCUGAAUACAACCUUAAAUUCUUAAUAUA